AUGCAAGGAAUAAGCUGGAGAGAACAUAUGACAAACGAUGAGGUAUUCGCAAAAGCUAAAGAACGAAGAUGUUUUAUGAAAAGUUUGAAGAAAAGAAGAACCAAACUAAUAGGAUAUAUACUAAGACAUAACAGCCUAUUGAAAAGAAUUAUGGAAGGAAUGAUAGUAGGAAAGAAUGUAGUUGGUAGACCCCCUCUGGACUACUUACAACAAAUAAUGAGGGAUGUGGACGUCCCAGGCUACAGACACAUGAAGAGGAAAGCUGAAAAUUGGGAAGAAUGGAGAGUUGCAAUAAAACCGCCCCACGGCUGCUAA